UCGAGUUAGAUGCAGUUUGAGUUAUAGGUUGAUUUCAAGUUGCUAUUUAACAAUCAAAAUCAGAUCCCAGGUUAUACCAUUUGAAAUUUUAAAUUGAGUCUGUUUUAUCACAUUUUGUUGGAAUAGGUUCUUCCCAUAAACCCAACUCGAUAAUACCCAAAUCAGCCAAAUGGCCCAAAUGAAUUAUAAUCAGUUUAAAUUAAUCACGCAAAACAUAAACUUUGCCAGCCAAAAACCCAACUCCCACCCCAAAAAAAAAGAAAAAACCCAAUAUAAUAGCCGUUACCUUUAAACGUACCCCUGUUAACAACGGUCACAUUUCAAUUUCACCCACUACAAUUUUCAUAUGACCGUUGCCACUCUCUUCCUAUAUAUCACUCCCUUCUCUCAAUUCCACCCAAAUCAUCUCUAUUCUCCCUCUUUUCUCUCUAAACCCACUCAAAAAUUCUCAAAUUACACUCAAAAUCACCAAAAUUCAUCAACAACCCAGAAAAAUUCCCCCAAAUGGGUCUCCAAAUCACUCAAUCACAAACUCACACACACAAAAUCUUCCUAAUAUGCAAUUACAUCCUGUUAGGAGCAGCUUCUAGUUGCAUAUUCCUAACAUUAUCACUCCGUUUAUUCCCUUCAAUAAUCGGAUUCCUCUUCAUUCUCCUUCACAUCCUUACAAUUGGCGGUGCCGUUUCGGGUUGUGCUGCAUCUUCAGCAGGUUCCCACAAAUGGUACGCCUUCCAUAUGGUCUCCACCGUCUUGACAGCCAUCUUUCAGGGGUCUGUCGCGGUGUUGAUCUUCACCACGACAGACAACUUUCUAUCCGCUAUGAAAUCGUAUGUUCGAUUCGAAGAUGCGGCUGUAAUACUGAAAUUGGCGGGUGGGUUGUGUGUUGUUAUGUUUUUCCUAGAGUGGGUUGUUAUGAGUUUGGCGUUUAUGUUGAGGUACCAUGCUUUUGUUGAUGGAACCGGCCGAGGCGGGAAUGGGAAUGGGAAUGGGAAUGGAAAAGAGGAGGAUUUGAAGAAUUGGCCUUGGCCAUUCCAAGUUUAAGGGAAGAUUUCAGUGUUUUAUUUUUUUUCUUCAUCAAUGGGAAUUAAGUGUUUAAUUUAUUUUGGUUUCUUAUGUUAUAUAUAGUAUUUAGUAAGUAGUGUGAAACUCAAGUAUCAUUUGUUCAUUCUUUUGUUUAAUCCUGAUUUGGAUUAUUAUUAAUGAAAUUGGUUUGUUCGUUGUUCGAUUAA